AUUUUGCAGCCUCACGAUCACCUAAUCCAGGAGCUAAAUAGAAUGAAAUCCGAGAACAAGAAAUUGACCGAAAUGCUCACAAUUGUGAGCAUAAAUUACAACAAUUUGAAGAAAAAUCAAUCCGAUGAGGAGUUGCCCGAAACGAGGAAAAGGAAGGCCGACGAAAUCGAAAAUUUUGGCGAUUUUAAUAAUCGAAACAAUACUUUUUUUAAUCCGAAAGUAAUUAAAUCAAAUGUUUCAAGAAUUCACGUAAGGAUCGAUCCAUCCGACACUAGCCUCGUGGUGAAGGAUGGAUACCAAUGGAGAAAAUAUGGACAAAAGGUUACAAGGGAUAAUCCAUCUCCUAGAGCUUAUUUUAAGUGCUCUUUCUCCCCAAAUUGCCCCGUCAAGAAGAAGGUGCAAAGAAGCUGUGAUGAUCCAUCGCUCUUAGUGGCCACCUACGAAGGCCAGCACCACCACCACCACGCCAAUGUUUCAGCGGAGCCGCCACAAGGAGUGGCCGGAGCUUCGGAGUGGGGCCCACAUUCGGGAUCUAAACAAAGCAUUGAUGACGUGGCAAAUGCCUUCACAUGUAGCAGCAAGAUUAAAGAGGCAAUUGCUAAAAAUGAGAGCAGUGAUCAAAUUCAGCAUCAGCUUUUGGUGGAACAAAUGGCUUCUUCAUUGUCCAGAAAUCGUGAUUUCACAACUGCUUUGGCGGCAGCCAUUACAGGCAGAAUAUUCGAAGAGGUUAUAUCGGAAAACAACGAUGAAAUUGUAUCCCGUUCAAGGGUAUUUUAGGUAUUAUUGGGGAGAAAAUUAAAGAACUUGUCUAUAUUUGUUUUAAUGAACUUCUUUUCUGCAUGGUGCUUAAUUUUGG